AUGGGCAAAAAGCCCAAAGACCGGCACCGGCGCGAGACCCAGAGGGAGGCGGAGCUGGCGCUCGAGCGGGAGCGCGAUUUGAAGCGCGCGGCGAGGCGCCAAAAAGCCGAGGCCAAGCUCGCGGCGGCGGGGCUGGCAGUGGGCGGGCCUUCGGCGUCGACGGCCAGCCCGUCAAUGGAGGUGGAGGGGCCGGCAAACCCAUCGCUCGAGCCCACUCUGAGGAAGAAGGGCACUUCGAAGCGCAAGGUGGGCAAGAGCGAUAUCGACCUGGCCGUGCGUAAGGCGCUGCCGCGGCUGAAGGGCAGCGGGAUGAUAGCCAAGCGGCGGCCUCGCACACCAUCCAAGCUCAUGAAAAAGCAGAUGAAGCGCGUUGCGCAGAGUUCAGGGAUGGACAUAUAG